AUGCACCCAGUGAACCACAUGCUGGCCAUGGGGAAGGCAGGUCUGCUGGGCCACAGUCUUGGGGACUACGGCCUCUCCUCUGCUGGACCAUCUGGUAAGACUGCAGCUCUGCUCUUCUGACAUCUGUAUGUGCUUCUUAGUUAGUGAUAUAAAAUAAUAAUUUUCCUCUGUCCCAGACUACAGCCACCCAGCUUUCUCCCAUGCUGUGAGUCUACAGCGUGGGACAGUGAACCCCUGGCAGACAGCACAACAGCAGGAGCAGCAUGUACCCCACCUCAGCCCAGCGUAAGACCACUGAUAUGUAAACCUUAUUCAAUUACUAAGUGUUAAACAUUGCACAAGGAUUGACCUUGAUACUGCUGUGGUGUGUAUUCUAGUGCCCUUUAUAGGAAAAAUAGCAUGUGAGGAGUUAUUUCAUACUCUACGUCCCUCAAACUCAACUCUGGACCUCAAAGCCAGUUCCACUGCGUUUUUUCAUUGUUCCCCUCUAAUCAGGGACUAAUUUAGACCUGGGACACCAGGUGGGUGCAAUUAAUUAUCAGAUAACCAGCAGGCUCCGGACCUCGUAGGGUAAGAGUUGAAUACCCCCGCUCUACGUCAUGCAUAUUUUCUUCCUUUUUCUCUGUCUGCUUGCUGUGUACCAGGAUAUCCAGCAGAGGGUGCUCUUUCCCCUCUCAGGCCUCCACCCCCACCCCUCCUCCUCACUCCUCCCUCAAUCUCAGCAUCAAAUCAGAGCGAGCCUCCCCGGAGCACAUCUGCUCCCCGACCUCUCCGCCCCUGCACCAUCUGAGGCAGCACUCUCCAGUGAGCACCCCCGAUUCUGCUUGCCACACCCUCCAGGAGCCCUACCCAGCCAAUGAGAGAGAGGAGUUCCCCAAAGGAGGUUUUCCCUACCCGGCUGAGCAAGGGGCAGAGGAGAAAGGGGGGCUGCCCCUGAGGCAAUUAGAAAUCAGCGAUGGGUGGCAGAGAUAG